CUGCCUACCUUCAAAAAAAUAAAUAAAAAACAUGAUCCAAAAUGCCUUAAGGGGCGCCAAAAUUCUUUUUUUGCCCUGGGUACUGGGAUGUUUACGAUAUUCCAGGUAAAUUCGAUUUAUGUCUUGCUAGAAAUAUUAUUUAACAGGUCAGCAUGCCGGAAAGAAUGUGGGAUAUUGCUAUGUGCAAAAACAUCAGCUUAAUUUAAAAAAGAAACGAAUACUAAUUUCACUACUUUUCAAAGGGCAACGAUCUGGUACCUUUCACUAUUCGAAAGGGGUACAUACAAAUUGGGUACCGCGCGAAUGAACGUUCAAAAAUAACAUGCAAAUUCGGUCCUAAAAUGUCAGCCUUAUCUGAUAGUUCAUAUAUGAAUUCGGACCCGGGGACGCCUUAGGUAAAAUUAAAACGGUCAAUAAUAAUUAAUUUCUAAAUCCACAUUUAGAGGAUAUACAUUCGGUACUUCUUAUAAUCUGUGUAGAAGAGAAUAAGUAAAAACCCUUCAGUUCUGAUAAGAAUUUAUUUUGGGAGAAAUUAAAAAAAACAAACUAAUAUACCUAACCUAUGCGGCUAAGAGGCAUCGCGAGUUGCUUUGCAUUUUUUUACAUAAAACUUUGUUAAAUUUUAUUGAAUUUGGUGAUAAUUAUUCGUAAUUUGGUAAACACCGUAUAAUACUUGGAAAUCUUAAUUAUUUUCACAGUAGAUACUUUCACCCCGAAACAGAAAGAUUUAGUAGUCAAAAGCUGUUGAAAAAAAAUUUUGCUAUCGAUAAAUGAGCAUUAGAUUUACAUAUUUUUAUAUGGAAUGGAUAAAUCGUUGCCAAGAUGCCAGAUAAAUUUACUCGUACAAGUUGUCAUGGUAACAAAAUAAAUACUACUUUCAAUGUGUCUGACAAUACAAACAAUUCUUGUCAAUUUGUAUAGUUAAGAUAUAUUUUAAUAAAGCAAUGGAGUCAGAUCUAUUAAAAAAGGAAGAUGAAUUUUAUAAAGAAAAUGAAAAAUUGGAACUGAGAACUAAGGAAUUGAUGAAGAAAGUUAAUGAUGUUAUGAAAAUUCAAGACAAUCUUAUACAGGAAUCUCUUAAAACCAAGACUGACAUUAUUCUGGCAAAACAAAACCAAUUCAAGUUUACCAAGCCUGCACUAGAAGAUAAUUUAGAAUUUGGUAAGAAUAAUUCUCUGUUAAUACCAAGUAGUGUAGAUGACAUGGGGAUUAAAAAUGCCAAUCAAUUCUACAAAGCAAAACUUAAAACACUCCAAGUGGAAGUAGUAAAGCUACAAGCUGAUAAUCGUAAAAAGUCUGAUGAAAUUAGAAAACUUCAGGAAGAAAAUCAGAAACUUUUAGAGGAUAAAGAUAAGUGGUUUAUGUCUUACAAUUCAACAAAAAAUACUAUAGGAAAACUUGAAAUUCAGGCGUCUUCCUUGAAUUCAAAAUUUCAAGCCAAAGCCAAUGAGGUAACAGCAUUAAAAAAAGAACUGGACCAAAAUAAAAAGGAACUGAAAAAUUCCAAUCUUAAUUCUAACAAUUUGGACGUAAGACUUGCGAGGUCACAGGAGGAGAAUGAAAAAUUAAAGAACGCUUUAAAAAUUGUUAAAGAUGAAGAAAAGGAAGCUAGGGACGUUUUCAAAAAACAAAUCGAUGAUCUAACUGCAACUGUUAAACAUAUUGAAAAACACAAGAUUGAAUUAUUAAAUGGAUUCAAAAAACAAUUACAACUGAUUGAUAACCUCAAAAAGCAAAAGAUGUAUCUUGAAACAUUAAAAAUAGCUGAUAUAUCAGAAACAGAGUACUUGAAGCUACUGGACUGGAAAUGGGAAUAAUAUUACUCUACAUACAAUACUUCAUUUUUGUUUUUUUUCAUGGUUUUAACUUUUUUCAGUGAUGGGUCUUUUCAUGAAGUCAUUUUUAGACUAGUCGAACCGCACAGACAUGCCCGAAAAAGUGGAAAGUAGUCGACCUUUAAAAGAAAAGUAUAAAGUAGUCAAGGCCGUUUUAUGCAAGCCUGUCAAGAUCGUCUUUUUAUUUUGUUGGAUUCAGAUAAAAAGGUUUAUUUUGUUUUUUUUUUUUAUCUUGGAGGCUAUAAUCUCACUAAUCAGAAAAUCGUUAAAACAUAAAAAUUAGUAGUCAUUUGUUACUUUUUUCGCUAUUUUUCCUGUUUAUAAGAAAUAUUAAGUCAAAUCUUCAUUUCGUUCAUGGGCACACUUUUUAAUUGUUAAAGUUUGCUCGAACUUGUUCACAUUUCAGACGUGUGUAGACUUUUUUGAGCGACCCAUCACUAUUAGUUUUUAAAAUCUAAAUAAGCUUAUUGUGAUCGUAUAUACUUGUAUGCAUUUUUGUUUAAUAUAUUUGCAAAAACAAAACUUUUAGAAAUUUUAUUUAUAAGUUUAUAAAAAUGUAACUAACAAGUAAUUAAAAACAAGUAACAUUUACUUAAAACUAAAACAAAAAAUUCUUAUGUAUGAAGCACAUUUCUCACAAAAGUAUGGUUACAUAAUUAAAAAGAGUCAAAAGGAAAGAUCCAAUAUUAACCAAGUUAUGCAGAUUGAGCCGUUAAAAAUACCCAAGUACUUGAAGAUUUUUUUUAUGGAUGUAAUUUUAGUUUUUAAAAUCUAAAUAAGCUUAUUGUAAAUUUACCACUACCAGCGUAAGUAUUUUCAAUAAAAUAUUGGAAAACAUUUUUGAUAAUUUUAUUUUAUAAGAAAGUUUAUAAAAAUAUAACAAAGUAACAUUCUCUUAAAAACUAAAGUAUUUCUUAAAACACUAAGGCAUUUAUCGUUGGGAAUUAAAAACAAUUUUAAAAACGACAAAAUUCAAAAUUCUUUAUUUCUGACGAGCCAUAGGGUGUCUUCAUGAAAUACGUCAAUAUGUAUAGUUAGUCAACAGAAAUACAUUUUGUGGAUGACUUGUUUGCAAGAUGAUAAAAAUUUAAAAUAUUAGGUGUAUUCAAGCAGGUUUUUGGUAUAUUCUUAUGAAUUUAAGUAAAAAAUAAAGAAUAAUAGUGGAAUUUAUUUCCUUUCCAUCUAUUUUGUGUUUAAAAUCUAAAUAAACUUAUUGAGAUUUUUAUAUGAGAUGAUCAUAAAGUAAAAAGUAUUUCAAAUUGUUAGCUAAAAGCAACUUAAAAUUUAAUUGCUCAGACGAUGGGAUUUUAUCUAUUGGAAACAAAAUUGUCAUCACUAGUUUAAACGAAAUUUGAUGUGCCUGAUCUUAAAAAAAACUUAUUUUUAUAUUGAAAUAGUAAUUUCUAUUAUUUCCUAUGCAUAUUAGUUAGGACUCACGACCAACAAUGAUGUAAGAAAGGAGCAAAUUGGUACAAUUUAAACAAUGUUAAAUGAAAAGUUAUCUUACAUCAAAAAAAGGUGAUAUUGAACAUUAUUUAGAAAACUUAAAAAAUAUUUUUUGAGCCAUUAAACUUCGUUGAGUUCGCUUUUUAAAACUGAAUAUUCUUACUUUAUAAUGAUCUUAUGAAUUGUUAUGACAUUGAGCAUGGGCAUUCUGUUUAAUAAUAACAUUAUUGAAAAAACUUUCAUUUUAUUUUAUAAGAAAAAAUAAUUGAAACAAGUAACAUUCUCUUAAUACUAUUAAAAAAAAAAAAAACAAAAUACUUAAAUUCUUAUUUGAAACACUAUGGCAUUUCCAGUAAACAAAAAAGAAACAAGGGGUUAAUAUAUAAAAAUAGGGUGGCUUCAUGAAAUAAAAAAGGGUGGCUUCAUGAAAAACACCAAAUGCAUCUUCAUCUAAAGAUAAUACAAAACAUUUUCCAAUGCUCUGUUUGCUGGCCUAUGCAAACUUUGGGCUGUUAAAAAUGCCAAUUUAUGAGCAUAUUGGCAUGGAGCUGGUACACGGACAGUACCACUCCAGUUGUAAUACAUAUGACAUAACUUGUAUGUCAAAAUUUGUAGCCUCUCUGGAGGCAGUCCCAAAUUGUCGGAUAUUACAUUGUAGCUUGUAGGAGAAACUGAUCCCUGGCGUACACAUUGACUUACUAUAAAGAAGUCAUACCUAAAAAUAAUUAUUCAUUGUUAAAAGAAC